AUGCCAUCCGUCAUCGACCCCCACUAUCUCUGGGCGGCCGGACACCUCACCGUCCUCUUCAACUCUGCAUAUGUGAUCCUCCAGACGCUGCUGUUCCGCGGUACCCCCGUCAAGUGCUAUCGCCUGGUGUACAUUGGUGCCCUCCUGUCGUACUCGAUUGUCGUGUUCAAGAGCCUCGGCAAGCCGAGCGGCGCUGCCUGGCUCCGUCGCGCGUUUGUCGAUGAGAACGCGCAGUACGGUCUCCUGGCAUUCUACUGGCUCAUCUCCAAGCCCAUCAAUGUCUCGAUCCUGCCCUUUGCGACCUUUUCGCUCUUCCACUGCGCGACGUUCCUGCGCACCAACAUCCUGCCCAAGUUCUACCCCAAGGUCGCUGCCGGCGCCGCGCGCCCUGCUCCCAACUGGGCCGAGAACCUCGGACGCCAGAUCCAGCUGUGGGUCAAGGGCAACUACGACAAGGCCAUGAACUUUGUCGCGUACGCCGAGCUCCUCAUCCUCGCCCGCUCGCUCCUCGGUGCCAUCACCUUCCGCUCGUCGUUUGUCACCCCCAUCUUCCUCGCCCACUUCAUCCGUCUCCGCUACCACGCGUCGCCCUUCACCCGCAGCGCCAUGGACAGCAUCACCGUCCGCCUCGACAAGCUCGCCGCCGGCCACCCCGGUGCCGUCCAGAACGGCUGGACCACCGCCAAGCGCCUCCUCGGCACUUGGGUCGGUGGCACCGCCGCCCCCCACCCGGCUGGCGCUGCCCCCGCUGCUCCGGCUGCUGCCCCCGCCGCGGCUGCGACGGGCGCCAACCCCGCCGCCGGCGCAGGUGGUGCCGGCACUGGCGCCCAGCAGCGCCGCUAA